AAACAAAAUGUAUAACAAUUAUAUAGUGGACAAUCUAUGUUCAUUAAACAAGAACAGUCAAGAUUUAAUCUUGUUAGUAAAAUUUAUCCAAAUAUCACGCUUGAAAUGUUCAAUGUUGAGCCACUUAAGCACAGAAACAUUGUUUAUAGAAAAGACUGUGUGAUAAUUAGUUUCCUUGCUAUUUUGGUAGUGUAAUCAUAACUUUGAUCAAACAUGUUAAACCAAACUGGGUGUUGUAAAUGUAAAGUUUAGAAAUAGGUAUCAAUCAAGCUUGCUGAUUAAGAAAAGGAGCUUGAAAAAGGCUUUUAGAAGCCUUGUAAAGAUAAUACUGUAAUUGUAUUUCAUUUCGUGGAUGUAGAACAUUCUCUUGAAGAGUUACAUUUAAUCAAUUGUUGGCUUAACAGGUUGCAGUUAUUAUAUGUUUCUGUUAUUCCCAAGAAAGAAGGUAAAUGUUCUGAUUAAGUAUUUUGUUGUUUAUGCAUCAAUUGAUCUGAAGCCCCAACUUCCCACCCCCCCCCCCAUGGGUACCCAUGGGCAUUUGAUUGUCAUCUGUGUUUGGUGCUGGGGAAUUUGAACUUUUCCUGGGUGGGGUAAGGAAUUUGAAAGGAAGGUUCCAAAUUUUUCCAGCAAAUACACGUUUUUUCAGAGGAAGGUUUUUUAAAGUAAAAAAUUCACUUUUGGAAGCAAAUGGCUCAGAAGGAAAAGGUUUACAAGGUCAAGGUUUUAAUUAAGGCUUGAAUGGUCAAAUCAUUUGCUGGUUAAUGAGUAGGAAGUUACCAUCACUGAUCUUGCCUUUAACAAAAAGUUUGAUCAACAAAUUCAGCACCCUAGUAGAGCAUUUGAUCACAAUUUUGGUGCAGGGGAGUGGGAUUUCAACAAACAAAUCUUCAAAAGUUCAAAUGCAACAGGGGUUGUCCAGAUAAGGAUUUUCAAGCUUUGAAUUGAUUGAUGCAUUAGUGCUUGCUAAAAUAUCAGAAUACUUUUUCUAGAGAUCUUCUUUGUUGCACUUGACUGAUGAUGCUUCACAAAUGUGAGACCUAUAACUCUGCAGUUAGAAAUGAUAAAUUAUGAGGUUCUUGGCACCUGCAUUAAUCUCAUUCAUUUUCUUAGUUUUAAUUCAUUUUUUUGGUCCUAAAGUUUAUUUCUUGAUAUUGAUUUGUGAUAGUUGUAUAGUUUUCUCAAGAGGAAUCUGAACAGAAAAUAAUUUGAUCACAGCUACUUAUUCCAAUGUACAAUCACUCACACCUUCAAGAAUACAAUAAAGUUUAAUAAAUGUACAAAAUAUACCGUAAUCCAAGACAGUCACGCGUCAAAUCUGUGGAACUCUUGAAAAUAGUCAUACCUAUCAAUACUUAAGCAGAUAUUCGCCUCAACGUAAAUUACGAAAAAAGAGAGAAAUCCAAGGUAUUCUUGCAAGAGGAUUUACAAUUGUAUUGGUAUGCACUAGUACAAGUGCUUGCAAACAGAUAUUAUGUUAAAU